AUGCCACAAGACGCUUGUGUUUUGGCACUUUUGCCGAUCACUCUCGAUACGCCGAUGAAUCGAAAGUGGAUGCCGAAUGCGGAUCAUUCGACAUGGACUCCAAUGCUAUAUAUCGCCGAAAUGCUUUUGGAAUGGACGGUAGCUCCUGCCAAACGUCCAGAAAGCGGUUCACUGCUAAAAGUAAGAACUGUGGAAGGAGAAACGUCCGCUACCAAAGUUUGA